UUAUCUCCAUCUCUGAGCAGGACCUUGAUCGGAUAAAUAUCCUGCAGCAGUCAACAGUCACUCACAAUCUCAAGGGACCAGACAAUUGUAGGUCCAACAUGGCCUCGUUCAUGCGUGUGGCUGUUUCAAUCCUUCUGCUGUCCACAUUAACAUCAGCGCAAAGGGGGGACUAUUCACCACCACAAGAUGCGUGUAACCCAAAUGAUGGGUUUGGGAUAUACUGCCCCACCACAUGUGGAGUCGCUGAUUACCUGCAGAGGUACAAGCCUAAUAUGGACAGAGAGCUGGAUCAAAUGGAACAAGAUCUGGAGGAUAUUGCCAACUUAACCAAAGGAGCGCAGGACAAAGUGGUCUACUUGAGAGACACAGAAACACAAGCACAAAAACAAGCACCAGAUACAUACAUCAAAAAGUCUACAAGCAUGCUUGAUGAUAUACUGCGAUUUGAGAAGAGCAUUCUCGCUCAGGAAGAUCAAUUAUAUCAACUGCAGUCAAUCCUACAGGCUAAUGAGAAAAGAAUAACCGAUUUAAAGCAGAUGUCUCUCCAGCUGGACCAGAUAUGCAAAGAGCCCUGCAAAGACACUGUGGAGAUUCAGUCAGUCACAGGCAAAGACUGUCAGGACAUUGCAAAUAAGGGUGGUAAGGUCAGUGGCCUCUACUAUGUGAAACCAGCCAGGGCUCCUGAGGCGUUCCUGGUGUACUGUGAGAUAGACAGCUUUGGACGUGGAUGGACUGUACUUCAGAGGAGACGUGAUGGCAGUGUUGACUUCAACAAAAACUGGGUUCAGUAUAAGGAAGGUUUUGGAUACCUCUCACCAGAUGACAAAACAGAGUUCUGGCUGGGGAAUGAGAAGAUUCAUCUGUUGUCUGUUCAGUCCAGCGUGCCUUAUAUACUGAGGAUAGAGAUGGUCGAUUGGGAUGGCAACAAAAAGUAUGCUGACUACGCCACUUUCAAACUUGGACCAGAAGUUGAUGCAUACCGCUUGACGUAUGCUUAUUACUUUGGUGGAGAUGCUGGUGAUGCCUUUGACGGUUAUGACUUCGGAGAUGAUCCCAGUGACAAAUUCUACACAUCUCAUAAUGGCAUGCAGUUCAGUACACCUGACAAAGACAACGACAAGUUCCAUCAAAACUGUGCCUCGGAGGAAGGCUCUGGCUGGUGGAUGAACCGCUGCCAUGCUGCUCAUCUCAAUGGAAAAUACUACCAGGGUGGCAAGUACACAGAGAAGGACACACAGAAUGGAUAUGACAACGGCAUUAUCUGGGCCACAUGGCACAGUCGCUGGUAUUCUCUGAAGGAGACCACCAUGAAGAUCAUUCCCAUCAACAGAAUCGGUGUCGAUGGCCAGCACAGUGGUGCCAAGCAGUUUGGAGGCCUAGGAGACAUUUAAACACUUUACCAAA